AUGAUGAAGUGGGGUGGAAGAAAAUCUUCUUCAGCUUCUUCUUCUAAACAUUCCUUCAUCUCUCAUGUAUCUCCUUUUUCAUGGCUAUCAAAGUUCAAGCAAAUGAAAAUUGACUCGGACUCGAAGGCAAAACUUGAAAAGCGGAAGCAGAACACCCCAUCUGAAAAUAGUUCAUCACAGUUUCCUUGUGGGAGCAGAGGAAAGUUUUAUGGAGGUGGCGAUGACGAUGCUUUCUGGAGAUUAUCAUUUGGUGAAGAGAUUACUAAUGAGCAAAAGAAGAAAAAUGAAGAUAAUAUGAAGCCUACUAUGUACAAUUUGGAUACCAAAAGACAUGGAAGAAGUAGAAGAAGAGAAGAUAGAAAAUUGCUGAAUGAAACAAAGAGUACAAAGGAACUUGAAUACUUAAAGAGGAGAUAUGAGAGAAAAGAACAAAGAGUUUUACAAGAUAAGCUCUUGAAGUUAGAGAAUGCAACAGAAGAAGCUGAAUUUGCAUCAAGCAAAUGUAAAUUCUUAGAAAAAGAUGAGGUUCAAUUUGAAUCACCGAGUACCUACUUAUUUUCUUCUUCUGUAGAUGCUGAAAGUUCUGACCUUGGCCUUGGAAGUAUAAGAGAAAAUGGUGUGAAACAAAGUGAGGAGUUUAAAGCAAAGGAUAACAAAAAAAGGGAAUCAGUUCAUGUGAGCAGAGAAAUCCAGAGGAGGAAACCAAAGCACAGUUCGAAGGUAAGAGUGCAUUCUCCAAGGAUGGCUGCAAAAGUUGAAAUAUGCAAAAUAAAGGCGAUACAAGACAAAAAGAAAGCAAAACUAAAGAUGAAGAAAGAAGAGGAAACAGAAGAAGGGUUAGAUAGCUUUGCUGUUGUGAAGUGUUCUUUGGAUCCACAACAAGAUUUUAGAGAUUCAAUGAUUGAGAUGAUCAAAGAGAAACAGAUAAGUCAGCCAGAAGAAAUGGAAGAGCUGUUAGCAUGUUAUUUGAGUUUGAAUUCUAAUGAAUAUCAUGAUCUCAUUAUCAAAGCUUUCCGGCAGAUGCCAGACUCAUCGCUUAAUUAG